GUUAUAAAUUUCAUAAUGUUGUCUUAUUAAUAAUCUGAUUAUUGAUUGAUCGAAUAACAAGGGAAGAAAUAAUCAGCAGAUUGGGGGAGCUCUUCUUUGAAUGAGAACGGAAUUCACCUGAAAUUCUGGGUCGACAUUGAAUGUUGAUUUGAUUUUUAUCCGAGGAUUCAGGUUUCUCCUUUAUUUUGCUUCAAGGCUUACAUGCAUGAAGGUUUGAUUUGGAUUCCAUUCUUCUCCUGUGUUUUUGGAGGGAAAAAGGGUUGAUUGUGGAUUUUUGCUUUUUUCUUUGUCGUUUUUGAAUUUGAUUACUGGGUCAGUAUCGCAAUUGAGAAGCUCAUACAUGAGAUUUUCUAAUUUGGCUGGUUUCUCCACAUGGUGAAUUUUUGAAUUGUUGUUAAGGAAAUCGAUCCAGGGAUUUCGCUUUUGUGUCUGAUUGAGUAUUAGGGAGCAGUGGAUCGUGGAUUUACGUGGAACCGAGACUUGGUGAUAUUCGGUGUUGAUAUCCUGAAAUUUACAUUUUAUUGUUUCUGAAUAUAGAGGGUUUUCGGGCAAUUGAUCACGAAUCUGAAGGGCUGCAGUGAAAGCUGUUAAUUGGCAGUUUGACAGUUCUCGCUAACUAGAUUAUUUUCCAGAUUGUUCUUUGACCAUUAUUCUUUUCUGAUACUGGGGGAAACAGGGUAUAGAAAUGGAUGUUAGAGUUGGAAGGAGAUGAGAAUAUCAUGAUGAGUGGGAAAAGCGAGUUCUUAAGUCAAUGGAUGCCACGAAUUGGACAUUCUCUGAUCUCGUAGGGUUUGUGAAAUCUUGGAUCCCUUGGCGGUCCGAGCCUGCAAAUGUGUCGAGGGAUUUUUGGAUGCCUGAUCAGAGCUGUAGGGUAUGCUAUGAGUGUGAUUCGCAGUUCAACUUGUUCAACCGUAGGCACCAUUGUCGGCUCUGUGGACGAAUUUUCUGUGCCAAGUGUACCUCAAAUUGGGUUCCUACGCUAUCCAGUGAGCCAACGAAUCCUCUGGAAGAGUGGGAUAAGAUUAGGGUCUGUAACUAUUGUUACAAGCAAUGGGAACAGGGAUUGACAGGAUCUGUUGGAAAUGGGCUCCAGGUUGCCGACCUGGAUCUCAUCAGUACUUCUCCCUCAGCUUCUAGUUUCAUUAGCACCAAGUCCAGCGAAUCCUGUGACAGCAGUAGCAUGACGUUUGUGUCACUACCACAGUCGGCUGCACUUAGCCCGUAUCAAUCAGCUUUGCUGGAUAGUACUAUGGAAAGACAAAGUGUUGCAGCUGCAGUGAGCAGUGUCCAUGCUGUGGACAUAGGAGAACAGAACCCAUCCCAAGAUGAAUUCGAAUUUUACCCAACCAGAAGUGAUGAUGAAGAUGAAGAAUCUGGAUUAUCUUGCGUAGGUUCUGGAACAAGUCACUUGUCACAGGUUCAUGGCUACUUUGAUCAUGUUCACUUUGAUGACACCGAGAAUGACUAUAAAUCACAUAAUUUGCAUCCUGAUGAAGAUGCUGUUGAUUCAGAAACCAUGAACAUCUCUUCAUCACAGAAUAGGUUUGAUUCCCAUGAUUCCCUAGAACUCGAGCAAGUUGCUCAAAGAAGUGCUGAACAUUAUAUUAGUGAUGAAGGUGAGGCACCAUCUUCUAUAUAUGUUGCUGAAGAUGUAAAUACUGAACCUGUGGAUUUUGAAAACAACGGAGUUCUCUGGCUCCCUCCUGAGCCAGAAGAUGAAGAAGAUGAAAAGGAAGUACUUCUAUUUGAGGAUGAUGAUGAUGAUGAUGAUGAUGAUGAGGAUAGUGCUGGAGAAUGGGGACACUCACGCAGUUCACGCGGUUUUGGAAGUGGAGAGUACGGAAACAAAGACAAGCCAAAUGAGGAGCAAAAGAGAGUCCUGAAGAAUGUGGUUGAUGGUCAUUUUCGGGCGUUAGUAGCUCAACUCUUACAGGUAGAGAAUCUUCCUGCAGGGGAGGAAAAUGAUAAAGAGAGUUGGUUGGAAAUAGUCACGGCAUUGUCGUGGGAGGGUGCUCUAUUACUAAAGCCAGAUAUGAGCAAAAGUGCGCAAAUGGACCCAGGGAAUUAUGUUAAAGUAAAAUGUUUAGCUUCUGGACGUCGAAGUGAGAGUAUGGUGGUAAGAGGAGUCGUGUGCAAGAAAAAUGUGGCUCAUCGGCGGAUGACAUCGAAAAUUGAGAGCCCUCGUUUGUUGAUCCUUGGCGGGGCUCUUGAAUACCAAAGGGUUUCCAAUGCUCUCUCAAGCUUUGAUACUCUGUUGCAGCAGGAAAUGGAUCAUCUUAAGAUGGCUGUUGCAAAAAUAGAUGCACAUCAUCCUGACAUUCUUCUUGUCGAAAAAUCUGUUUCACGAUAUGCACAGGAGUACCUUCUUGCAAAAAAUAUCUCACUUGUUCUAAAUAUAAAAAGGCCACUUUUGGAGCGUAUAGCCCGGUGCACUGGUGCCCAAAUAGUUCCUUCAAUUGAUCACCUGUCAUCCCAGAAAUUAGGAUAUUGUGACAUGUUCCAUGUUGAGAAGUGUUUGGAAGAGCACGGCACUGCUGGUCAGGAUGGAAAGAAGCUGGUGAAAACAUUGAUGUAUUUUGAAGGUUGUCCAAAGCCACUAGGCUGCACGAUCUUACUUCGGGGUGCCAAUGGGGAUGAGUUGAAGAAAGUGAAGCAUGUUCUGCAAUAUGGAGUUUUUGCGGCUUAUCACCUAGCUUUGGAGACAUCUUUUCUUGCUGAUGAAGGUGCUACUCUGCCAGAAAUUCCACUCAACACCCCAAUCACAGUGGCGCUUCCAGGUAAGCGAUCAAAGAUUGAAAGGUCCAUCUCAACUAUACCUGGUUUUACGGUUCCAGACAGUGAGAAAACUCCUGGCCCGCAACCUGGCGAUGAACCACAGAGGUCAAACAGUGUUCCGGCUUCAGAUCUGGUCAAGGUAACAAAUGCUUCCAUUCACGGAAAUGAAUAUGCGGAGACUAGCAUUCCCACUUCAAUGAGCUCUCAGUUCGUGGAGCCCGCUGCCUCAUCUUCUGCAGGAGGUUUGAACGAGCCCUCUUUUCAUGCAUCAGAAGAACCGGGACUUGUGGAUUUAGCCGUGUCUUUGGAAGGAAAAGGUUUUCCAGCAGAUAGACUGGCUGCUACAGGAGAUUCCCGCCUCACUAGUGAUUGUGGAGAUUCAGAUGUCAAAAUCAGGCAGAGUGAUUGCUCUGAUGUUUAUGCUAAGAGAAAUGUUUCGAAGCCACAGCCUUUGCAACUUAAUGGAAAACAAAUCUUUGAGGACCAAUCAACUUUAAAAGAAGACUUUCCACCUUCCCCUGCUGACCAUCAAAGCAUCUUGGUUUCCUUAUCAUCACGAUGUGUGUGGAAGGGAACUGUCUGUGAAAGAUCCCAUCUUUUUCGGAUCAAAUACUAUGGUAACUUUGACAAGCCAUUGGGUCGUUUUCUACGGGAUCAUUUGUUUGAUCAGAAUUAUAGAUGCCGCUCAUGUGAGAUGCCUGCAGAAGCUCAUGUUCAGUGCUAUACUCAUCGACAAGGUACCCUUACGAUCUCGGUUAAGAAACUCCCAGAAAUUCUUUUACGUGGUGAGAGGGACGGAAAGAUUUGGAUGUGGCAUCGUUGCCUGAAGUGUCCAAGAACUAAUGGCUUCCCACCUGCAACACGAAGGGUUGUGAUGUCGGAUGCUGCCUGGGGAUUGUCCUUCGGAAAAUUUUUGGAGCUAAGCUUUUCAAACCAUGCCGCUGCUAGCAGAGUGGCAAGCUGCGGUCAUUCUUUACAUAGAGACUGUCUUCGGUUUUAUGGAUUCGGGAAAAUGGUAGCUUGCUUUCGUUAUGCAUCAAUCGAUGUUCACUCAGUGCACCUGCCUCCUCCGAAACUUGAUUUCAACUAUGAAAGUCAGGAGUGGAUAGAAAAAGAAUUUAAUGAGGUGGCUAGUCGAGCUGAGCUUCUGUUCUCUGAAGUGCUUAAUGCUCUUCGUCUUCUGGUAGAAAGAAAUUCUAGCUCUAGUCUGCUCAAUGGUGGCGUGAAAGUUCCUGAAUCAAGGCACCAUUUGGUAGAUCUAGAAGGGAUGUUGCAGAAAGAGAAGUCAGAAUUUGAGGAGUCGCUACAAAAAGUUUUGAACAAGGAAGCAAGAAAAGGACAAUCAGCCAUUGAUAUUCUUGAGCUCAAUCGUCUCCGAAGACAACUUGUGUUCCAGUCUUACAUGUGGGACCACCGCCUGAUUUAUGCAGAUAGUUUAGAUAACAAGAGCCAACAAGAUGACAUUGAGGUCACCUGUUCAGAAUCCAUUCAGACACCUAAAGCUGUUACACAGAAGCUUCUUGAUAUCAAUGUUCCAGUUAAGACAAGUGAAGAAACUUCUGGUUAUAUUGCUCCAGAUGCAAAGCCUGAUCAAAGCCCUGAACAUGGGGUAAGUGAAAGGAGCACGAAUCAUUGUCCUGAGGAGCUUCAUCACAGAACUGAUGCACUUUUAACCUCUGACCUUGGGAAUCAAAAUUUACUUGCUCUAAAACCCAAUGAUGAAUCUGAUACUAGGGAAUCUAAUGUCACUGUUCCUCGAGUCCUGUCUGAUGGGCAAGUUCCAAUUUCUUUAUCCGAUACUCUUGAUGCAGCAUGGACUGGUGAAAAUUAUCCUGGUGUUGGGAUCACCAAGAACAAUAAUUUAUCCGUAUCAGUUGAAGCCGAUAAUCUAUCCACUGCUGGAACAUCUGAAAAGUUGGACGUCGAAGACAACACGGAGGAUCUCAGCGUCUCUAAGGUCUCUCGCUCGCCAUCUUUUUUCUUUUCUAAAUCUGAGAACAUGGAAGACGCUGUAAGCUGGUUGGGCAUGUCAUUUAUGAGUUUCUACAGAUCAUUAAACAAAAAUUUCUUAGGGAGUGCUCAGAAACUCGAUACACUCAGUGAAUAUAAUCCCGUAUACAUUUCAUCAUUCCGGGAGUCUGAACUCAAAGGUGGGGCCAGGUUACUCCUGCCUGUGGGAGUUAAUGAUACUGUUGUUCCGAUAUAUGAUGAUGAGCCUACCAGCAUUAUAUCUUAUGCACUUCUCUCGCCUGAUUAUCUUGUCCAACUGUCUGAUGAGCCAGAGAGACCGAAGGACACUUCUGACGCGCUGUUUUCUAUGCAGUCCAUGGAUGCAGGACAUUUCCAAUCAUUUCACUCUUUGGAUGAGAUGGUGUUGGAAUCUUACAGAAGUUUUGGAUCUGUAGAUGAUACCAUGUUGCCCUUAACAGCUUCUCGUAGUUCUUUGCCUUUGGAUCCACUCUCAUAUACAAAAGCUUUGCAUGCCAGAAUGUCUUUUACGGAUGAUGGUCCCCUUGGGAAUAUGAAAUACAGUGUUACUUGUUAUUAUGCAAAGCGUUUUGAGGCCUUGAGGAGGAUAUGUUGUCCAUCCGAGAUUGAUUUCAUUAGAUCUCUUAGCCGUUGUAAGAAAUGGGGAGCCCAAGGUGGUAAGAGCAAUGUUUUUUUUGCAAAAACUCUGGACGACAGAUUUAUCAUUAAGCAAGUGACUAAAACUGAGCUGGAAUCAUUCAUCAAGUUUGCUCCAGGAUAUUUUAAAUAUCUUUCUGAAUCAGUUGGCUCAGGAAGUCCAACAUGCCUGGCAAAGAUUCUUGGUAUCUAUCAGGUUACAUCCAAAAAUCUCAAAGGAGGGAAGGAAUCAAAAAUGGACGUGCUAGUUAUGGAGAAUCUUCUUUUUGGUAGAAACCCAUCACGGCUUUAUGAUCUUAAAGGAUCUUCCAGGUCACGGUACAAUCCUGAUUCUUCUGGAAGUAAUAAGGUUUUACUGGAUCAGAACUUGAUAGAAGCAAUGCCCACUUCCCCAAUUUUUGUUGGAAAUAAAGCCAAGAGACUAUUAGAAACAGCGGUUUGGAAUGAUACUGCUUUUCUCGCCUCGGUAGAUGUUAUGGAUUACUCACUACUGGUUGGGGUUGAUGAAGAGAAGCACGAGCUUGUUCUUGGGAUUAUCGACUUCAUGAGACAAUAUACAUGGGACAAGCACCUCGAGACUUGGGUUAAGGCAUCAGGCAUUCUUGGGGGACCCAAAAAUGCUUCACCAACAGUAAUUUCUCCAAAGCAAUACAAGAGGAGAUUCAGGAAAGCCAUGACUACCUAUUUUUUGAUGGUUCCAGAUCAAUGGUCACCUCCUACAAUCAUUCCUAGCAAGUCUCAUGCUGACUUGUCUCAAGAGAACAACAAGAAGACACAACAAAUUAAAACCUCCUCUGAGGGAAAACCACCCAGGUCCUACUAAAUCAUAGGGAUUCAAUCACCAUCUUAGUUUCUUCUAUGUUAUAUAUAUAUCUCUAUAUAUACUUUCCAUCUUUUACUUUUUGGUUUUUCUUUAGAAUUAGGAAUUCAUGAUUAUUUUGUUAGAAGAAAGAAAGCAAAACAAGGCAGUUCAGGUCAUGAGAACUGCCUGCCUGCAUAUUGGAUGACCUCCCCGGAAAGGUUUUGUUGUAGACCCCUUCUUUUUUGAUACCACCCCAUCCCCACCCCAUGAUUU